CCGUGUCACUGCGGCGGGGUUGGCAGGGUAACGGCGCUCCGGCUCGCUUCUCUCCCGGCUUACUUUUGUAUUUUUAUUUAUUUUUACAGUAUAUUUGAUAAAAUAUCAACAGCAGGUUUUAAUUUCCGGAAGCAGGACGGUUUGGUGUGAGAAUAUCCGGUGAUAAAUGUGUGUUUGAGAUUUUGUAGGAAGGCUGGAAAAGCCUUUUGUUCGGGGCUGAGGUUUCUUUUCCCUUUUUUUGGGACUGAUGGAAUGACGGAGUGUGCAGAGGAAGAGCAAAGAGCUUAAACACACACACACACACACACACACACACACACACACACACACAGAGAAAAUGGAGAACAGAGAUCUGGAGACGAGCCUGGAGGAGAAACUGACUCUGAAUGAUAAAGCUCUCAGUAGCUCUCCUACAGAUUCGACUCAGAGGCCGGAGAAACAGAACGAGGAGCCCCUCAAAGCCGACGACACCACCAUCACGGAUUCCUCUCUGAUCACCGACCCUCCCUCCAAAGCAGAAACGCCCAGCAAACCCAGCAGCAGACCCAGCACGCCUGCAAACACCGCCACUCCUCAGAACAAAAAAGAUGGACUGAGCUCGGAGCAGAAACAGAAGCUGGCUAAACAGAGGAGAGAGGAGAGGGCCAAAUACCUGGAACAGAAAACCCACGAGCAAGCCAUGAAGAAAGCUCAGUGGCUGGAGAAGGAGGAGAAGGCUCGGCGUCUGAGGGAGAGCCAGCUGGAGGAGAGGAGGAGGAGGCUGGAGGAGCAGAGACUUCGGGCGGAGAAACGGAGAGCGCUGCUCGAGGAGAAACAGAGGCAGAAACUGGAGAAGAACAAGGAGAGAUACGAGUCCGCUAUCAAACGGUCGACUAAGAAGACGUGGGCUGAGAUCAGACAGCAGAGAUGGUCCUGGGCUGGAGGACUAAACCAGACGUCUCGCAGAGAGAGCAGAUGCUCUUCCUCCACCGUAAACCUGCCGCGCCAGACAGAGCCUGUCAUUAGCAACAGGCUGUCCAAGUCGUCGGCGACGCUGUGGAACUCGCCCAAACGAACUCGUAGCCUGCGCCUGAGCCCGUGGGAGAGUCGCAUCGUGGAGAGGCUCAUGACCCCGACGCUGUCCUUCCUGGCCAGAAGCCGCAGUGCUGCCACACUCCUGAACAGCAGCGACCCUCAUCAGUGUUCCCGUUCUCCGUCUGCGUCUCCGUUAGCCGCCUGCUCCCACCAGCACAACGCAGACCGUUGGAGUUCCAGCACACCAGAUAUCACACAGCGCCAACGCAGACGCAACUCUGCACCGGCUAAGAAGGAGAAGAAGGACAAGGAGAGGGAGAAUGAAAAAGAGAAGAACGCCAUCACUAAAGAGAAAGUGCAGAAGAAGAGACAGUCCGAGUCAAUCACACAACCCAAACCUGAGCUCAGCACCAAUGUUAAACCUAAGAGUCGAGUUUCCUCCCCCGCUCCCUCCAGGAGUCGUCCCCUGUCCCCCAGUCCUGCCGUGUCCCCUAAACCCCCAUCCACCUCCUCCUCAGGCCGAACUCCUCCUGCCACUAAAACCCGACCCCGACGUGCACAGACCCCGGCCCGAGUGCAGGCCCCCGCCGUGAGCACUGUCACCGUGACGGAAAAGAAGAAAGAACAGCCAGCUCAAACCGGACCUGCUAAAGACGCCAAGAUUCCUGCCAUCACAGUCUCUGCCUCUCCAGCACCACCGGCUCCUGCCGCCGAGCCAAUCACAGCAGCUCCUCAGACCCCAGAGCCCACACCCACACCUCCGCCUGACCCCACCCCUCCCGUUACCAAGCCGAUGGCAGGUACUACAGACCCGGAGGAGGCGACCCGGACGCUGGCGGAGAAACGGCGGCAAGCUCGAGAGCAGAGAGAGAGAGAGGAGCAGGAGAGACUGGAGCAGGAGCAGAGGAACAGAGCUCUACAGGAGGAGCGCGCCCAGCGUGAGGAGGAGGAGAGGAGGCGCAGGGAGGAGGAGCAGCGGUUAAUGGCAGAGCGACAGCGUCUGCAGGAGGAGAAGGAGGCGCAGGAGAGAGCUCGCGCCGAGCAGGAGGAGAACAUGCGUCUCCAGAAACAGAGAGAGGAGGCGGAGUCGAAGGCUCGAGAGGAGGCGGAGCGUCAGAGGCUGGAGAGAGAGAAGCACUUUCAGAAAGAGGAGCAGGAACGUCUGGAGAGGAAGAAGCGUCUGGAGGAAAUCAUGAAGAGAACUCGUAAGAGCGACACAGGAGACAAGAAGGAGGCCAAAUCUCCAGCACAGCUCAACAGCAAAGACACAAAUUCUGGCACAUCUCUGGCUCCGACAGGCACUCACAACAACAACACCAGCACUCCAGGUUUAAACCAGUCACAGGGGGAUGUGAAGGCGAGCCCCGUGUCCUGGAACUCUGGUCCUGUGGUAAACGGUGUCCAGGACACCAAACACCACAACGGUCUGUCCUCCAUCGGAGAGCCUGCUGAUUUUGAGGAGAUCAACCAGCUGACCAAUCACAGCAGCAGUACCAGCAAUGGGCAGGGCCAGUCGGAAAGCGGCAUCACAACUGACCCAAUCAUGGCUUUUGAGGGACGAGAGCCCUUCAUUAUGAAGGCGGGGCCGAUGAAGCCUCAGCAUGUGGCAGAAGUGCUGUGAGGAAUCAGACGAGGCUGUCCCGCCGUGUACGCGAGGCAGAUGAGCGGUGAGAGUGUGUGUGCCAAACCGUCAGAGCGACUGCUUUAACUGAAAGACAGAAAGACAGAAAGACAUGGACCUUCAUCAUACUUACGUACCAUAUAAGAUAAAAAUAAACAGUUUUCUGUCUUUCUCACUGCUUUUCAUGGUGCAGUGGUGUUCAGUUUAAUCCUCAGCGUCAUCCAGAGUCUUCGUGUUGCACCUUAAAGACUGCGUGAUGAGAUUUUAGAGACAAAACUUGGAAAAACAUUACGAUAUUUGAGUAUUGUUAUGAGAAAUAAUUAUUGUUAUUGUCGUUCUUAUACUAUAUCAGUAUUUUUUCUUUUCAAUUCAGAAAUAAACUCUGUGUGUGUGUGUGUGUGUGUGUGUCUUGAACUCUUGAGUUAUUUAACUUGAGACACAUCAGCAGAGAGAGAGAGAGAGAGAGAGAGGAUCGAUGAUGUAAUUGUAUAUUUGCCUGACCUGUGGAAUAAAUCUUUAUUAAAAAGGGA